GAAUUUCUGAGGCUGGGAGAAAUCACCACUAGAGCAAUACACAAUGUCAACUGCAGGAGUUGCGGCACAAGAGAUGAGAGUCCCAUUAAAAACUGGGUUUCUUCACACUAGCCAAGGCAUGGGGAAUCUGAAAACCUGUUGGGAUAGCCACAGUGGAUUUGAAAAUACUUUCUUUAAUGUGGACCCUAUAGCUGUGGCAUAUAAUUUGAAUCCAUCAGCAGAGCAACAUUUACCAUCCAGCGGGCACUCUUCAGACCAUGUUUCCAUGAAUGACCACAGCUUUGCUGAAAGUUGUAUCCAAACCCCGUCUCAGAAAUCCUGUCCAGCUCCUGUAAGUCCCAACAAUGAACAGCCAGUUUCAAGAUACGAAGACCAUCUUGUUCAUGGCGUUAGUAAACUGUCAUUAACUUUGGGCCAUGUUUCUGAGGAAACGCCUCCUCACAUGCCAAUAAAACAUGGGCCAAUUCAUUUUCUGCCUUCAUCUUCCAAUGACCGCAGCUCCAGGCCAUUACCCCCACUGCCUAUUUCUGAGGAUCCUUCUUUAGACGAGGUUGAUAAAGAAGUGGAAUUCCUGACCAGCUCAGACACUGACUUUUUAUUAGGAGAUUAUGAGCUUCCUCCUUUUAAAUCCAAUGCUGCGGGCAGGCGGAGCUUUAGAGGUUGUGGACAAAUCAAUUAUGCAUAUUUUGAUGCUCCAGCAGGACCCAAACCAGAAGGCACCAACCCUGUACAAAGUCUAAAUGGUUACAUAUCUGGUAUUUAUCCUCCUCCACAACAGCUGCAUCGACGUUUGCGAAGAUCCCAUUCGGGACCUGCUGGAUCACUCAGUAAACCAGUAGUGAGACUAUCUGGGCACUUAAACAGGUCUUCUCCAAAUUCGGAUGAAGAGAAACCAGAGAUUCCACCACGGGUUCCCAUACCUCCAAGGGCUCUCAAACCAGAUUACAGAAGGUGGUCAGCAGAGGUUGCUUCUAGCGCAUACAGCGAUGAAGACAGGCCUCCCAAAGUGCCUCCGAGGGAACCUUUCUCCCACAGCAAUUCCCGGACACCAAGUCCUAAAAGUCUGCCCUCAUACCUCAAUGGGAUUAUGCCUCCCACCCAGAGUUUUGCACCCGAUCCUAAAUAUGUCAGCAGCAAAGCUCUACAGAGGCAAAAUAGCGAAGGAUCUGCCAACAAGAUCCCUUGUAUUCUUCCCAUUAUUGAAAAUGGCAAGAAGGCCAGUUCAACACACUACUAUCUGCUGCCUGAAAGGCCUCCAUAUCUGGACAAGUAUGAGAAGUUCUUCAGGGAAGCGGAAGAAACUACCUGUAAUUCAGAGGUACAGUCCUGGUCUGGUGAAGGCACAGCCACAUCAACCCCAACAAAAUUGGACUCAAAAACUAGAAUGGACAUAGCUGGUCAUCUGAAACGAAAACAUCUGUCUUACGUAGUUUCUCCAUAGCCUCUGGGAACAUAUCUGAGCUCAGUUGUUCUGAAUAGAGCUGAACUUUACCACGUUACAAUGUUCUUGAGGUUCUCAAAUCAUGAAGUAGGACCAGUUUGUCCUCUGGGAAUAGGAAAGUGGAUGG